GGAAGUGUCAUGGCGCCGCUAGUGAAUGCAGCGGUGGACGAGGCAACAGGAUUUUGUUUCUGAUAUCUGGCAGGUUUUAGGGGGGAAAACUCCGAAUAAGGACCACCGAGGACGUGUCGUGUUGGGAGUUUGACAUCCCUUUAAAGUUCAGGAUGGCGGACUCCGGGGAGUCCAGCAGUCAACGCGUUCCCACUCCUGCAGGCGCCAGCAGCAGCAAUGUAGGACUCCAGAUGGGGCGUCGACCACCAGCUGGACUCUCUCCUGGACGCCUCCCUUCCAUGCGGUCAAGGGACCUCACCCUGGGAGGAGUGAAGAAGAAAACCUUCACACCCAACAUCAUUGGCCGAAAGGUUAAAGAGGAAGCCAAAGUUGAGACUGAUCAAAGGAGAGAUCGGAGAGGUGGAGAACGUGGUCGAGGGCCGAGAGACAGAGGCAGGGGCCGAGGUCGCCAAGAGAUCAUCCAGUCCCAUUCUAUCUUUGAGCAGGGGCCGGCCGAGAUGAUGAUGAAAAGGAGAGGUGGAUAUGAAAGCGAAAGAGAUGCUCCAAGCAUGGGGCCUUCACCCAUCAUUAACAUUAAAAAGGAGAAGAGGGAGACUGAAGAGGAGACGAAGGAAAUUCUGCGCAAGCUGGAGCGGGACAAUUUUAUUGAUGACCCCUUCCUAAAGAGUGAGCAGAGGAGUUGCCCUGUCCAGCUCCCCCUUUCUGUGUCAGGAUGGGGAUUUAGGGAGGAGUUUAGUAAAUCUACUGUCAAACUUGAGAAGUCAGAAGAGGGGGAUGAUCCCAUGGAGUCUGGAGUCGUUGUGAAACAAGAGCCAGAGGAAGUGGAGAUACAGAAGAGUGAGGCAACAUUUAGACCUCCUCCCCUUCCUGAGCCUGAAGUUCUUCCUGAUCUGCUUCAUAAGUGGAGUCUAAACAAAGGAGAGGAGCUGUUUUUCAUUCAGCUGCCUGACUCUCUUCCUGGUCAGCCUCCCACCAAGGAGCACAGACCUGUGAGGACAGAGGUGCAGUCCGAGGAUGGACAGUCCGUGCUUCUGAAAACAGAGUCCCAGGAAGAGGAAGCUGAGGACAACAGUUGUAAUUUGAAGGAUCUGCGAGAGGGUUUGGUGGGAAAGAUGCUGGUGCGGAAGUCUGGACGAGUGCAGCUGAUACUAGGACAGGUGACACUUGAUGUGUCAUUAGGAGCGUCGUGCUCUUUCUUACAGGAGCUGGUAUCCAUUAAUCCAGAGGGGAAAAGCGGAACUCUGACUGUACUUGGAAAUAUCAAGCACAAAAUGGUUUGCUCUCCGGACUUUGAGGCUCUACUACAGAAGAGGGCAUGAUGCCCAAGCUGCAUCUAACAAAGUUUGCUCUGUACCUGUCAUGAUGUUGACAGGAAUGGAAUUGAGUCAGGAAUGCUGACUGAAUUGAUUUUCUUGUAGGUUCCUAACACUCAGUAGUGAGGUUGCUGAUUUUUGUUUUGCUUUAUUUCAGGUUAGUUUCAAGUGUUAUUGUACAACAAUGUAUAUAGGUACGGUUUUAUUUUGAUCUCAAUGAUUAGAUGGUUCAAAAAUGGAAUUUCAUGUCAAGUUUCUUGAAGAUUUGCUUAAUACAUUUCCUGGCAAGAGUGUACAUAGAUAAAAAGUAAAAUGUGAUUAAAUAAAAGUUUAUUUCUAUGUU